AACCAUCUUGGAUUGCAUGAGACUUGUAUCAGUGUCUGACGGGAGUUUAGGGAUUUGGUUUCAAAAAAACAUGUGGUGUGGGGGAGCUCAGACUUCUCAUCUAGGUUGCAUUGCAGGAGAGGGGUAAUUAUAUUAUUACUGAUCUCUUACAGUGGACACUGAACUUCCUGAUAUCAUUUAGUAUGGGCCUUGAGCCCUUGGCUAACUGUGGUGUUGAUUUAUCUGAUUAUAGUCAUGAGCUCUCCCUAUCCUUAAUUUGAUCUUGCUUCUGUCUUGUCUCUUCCAGCCCCCCAUAUCUUCCUGAAGGUCGUCUGCUUUUGGAACUUACAAUUCUUGGAGUAGCGCCCUUCUGCAUGUAGCCUGGGGAGGAUCCUGUUUCUUACAUAGAUCAAACAGCUGCUUCUGAUUUGGGGCUCAUGGCUGAUCUUGCGCUGAUAGCUAUAGAAUCUGAUAUGACGUUGUCCAAUAACUCUCUUGUCAUUGGACAACAAUUUGCUGACGUAGAAACUUGCAGAAGGACGUUGAAAGACAUUGCUAUUGCCAUGCACUUCGACCUCAGAAUAGUAAAGUCUGACCGAAGCCGGUUCAUUGCCAAGUGCUCUAAAGAAGGCUGCCCAUGGCGUGUUCACGUUGCGAAAUGCCCAGGUGUGCCAACCUUCUCAAUUAGGACAUUACAGGGAGAGCAUACAUGUGAAGGUAUCCAGGACCAUCACCAUCAGCAAGCAUCGGUAGGCUGGGUGGCUAGAUCGGUAGAAGAACAAAUUCGAGAUAACCCCCAGUACAAACCGAAAGAAAUCCUCCAAGAAAUCAGAGACAGACAUGGGGUCGUGGUAUCUUACAUGCAAGCAUGGCGUGGGAAAGAACGCACUAUGGCUGCCCUCCACGGUACUUUUGAAGACGGAUUCCGUCUCCUUCCUUCAUACUGUGAACAGAUAAGGAAGACAAACCCAGGUAGCAUUGCUUCUGUUACUGCAACCGGACAAGAAAACUGCUUCCAAAGGCUGUUCAUCUCUUAUCGAGCUUGUAUAUACGGAUUCAUCAAUGCUUGUAGGCCUCUCUUGGAACUUGAUAAAGCCAAUUUGAAGGGGAAAUACCUUGGCACCCUUCUCUGUGCUGCUGCCGUUGAUGCUGCCGAUGCAUUAUUCCCCUUGGCGAUUGCUGUUGUCGACAAGGAGACUGAUGAACACUGGAUGUGGUUCAUGUCGGAGCUCCGGAAGCUUCUCGGUGUCAACUCCGAAAACAUGCCUCGACUCACAAUAUUAUCUGAGAGGCAAAUGGGGAUGGUGGAGGCAGUUGAGACACACUUCCCUAGUGCCUUCCAUGGCUUUUGCCUUCGCCAUGUCAGCGAGAACUUCCGAGACACAUUUAAAAACACAAAGCUCGUCAACAUAUUCUGGAGUGCAGUUUAUGCCCUCACAACUGCUGAGUUUGAAAGCAAGAUCUCUGAUAUGGUGGAGAUUUCUCAAGACGUUGGACCCUGGUUUCAGCAGUUCCCACCUCAGCUAUGGGCUAUAUCCUACUUUGAAGGGAUGCGAUGUGGUCAUUUUGCACUUGGGGUGACCGAGUUGUUGUACAAUUGGGCUCUCGAAUGUCAUGAAGUCCCGAUUGUGCAAAUGAUGGAGCAUAUUCGUGAGCAGCUGAAUAUGUGGUUUGAGUCUCGUCGUGAUAUGGCCAUGAGUUAUAACUCGGUCCUUGUUCCUUCUGCUGAGAAGAGGAUUGCAGAGGCUAUUGCUGAUGCUCGGUGUUAUCAGGUGCUCCGUGCUAAUGAAGUGGAGUUCGAGAUUGUGUCGACCGAGAGGACUGAUAUUGUCGAUAUCAGAACUCGAGUCUGCUCGUGUCGGCGUUGGCAGAUAUAUGGAUUACCUUGUGCGCAUGCUUCAGCUGCUUUACUCUCCUGUGGGCAAAAUGCCCAUGUCUUUGCAGAGCCAUGUUUUACUGUAGCUAGUUACCGUGAGACUUACUCUCAGCCAAUAAUCCCGGUACCUGAUAAGAGCAUGUGGAGAGAAGUACCAGGCGAGGGAACCGAAGGUGGGGGCGCGAAAGUUGAGAUCUUGAUACACCCUCCUAAGACUCGACGACCACCUGGAAGGCCUAAGAAGAAGGUUCUUCUUGUAGAGAACUUUAAGCGACCCAAAAGAGUUGUUCAGUGUGGUCGGUGUCAUUUGUUGGGGCAUUCUCAAAAGAAAUGCACAAUGCCGAUUUGAAUUCAAGAGUUACAUAGCUUCUUCUAGACUUUGUUUUUUCGUUUUUAGGGUCAUAAAUUCCUAACAGAAUCUGUGUUUGUAACUCUAAUGUAUGUUUCCAUUCUAAUCCUUACGGUGUAUAGUUAAUUUAUCUACCUUUGUGCGUGCUCUCGAGGUUCGUCAUCUGCUGUACUUUAACAUAACAGUUGCAGCAGGAAGUGCUCUCAUUGCUCUCUUAGCGGUACAAGCAGCAAAGAAUGGUGCGUAAUUGAUCGGCUACUUCCAUGGAUGUCAUGGACGAUUAAGGUACGUGACUCAACAAUGAUCUUUUUGCAUGAUCUCAAGCUGGUUUAACUUCUUCUCGGGUGCUGAUCAGGAGAAAACCAGCACCUUCUAGCUAGAUAGUUACAAGAAUUUUAGUUAUGGGACAGCAUGCAGAGAAAUAAAGAAAGAUUGCAGCUUCCCAUUAUGUAUGUAGUACCCACAAUACAAUUGUACAUACAACUAGUACAAAUAUUUGCCAUCUAUGCAUCAAUAGAGGAAGAAUAAAAAAACCAAAAAAGCAAACUUUGGACUAAUUUUCAGCUUUUAUUAGCCCUUCCAACCCAUUCAUCUUUAUUUACUGCAUGGCAUAAAGCAGGAAGGAAACCACGAGGCUCCCAACCAGCUGGCUUGCCCCACCAAAGUAAUGGCCCGACGUCCCAACGGCCGAUGACCACUCCGACGUGGUGUUCCGGUUGCUGGUACGGCUCAACGCCCCGCCCACCACCGCUCCAGUGAGGACUGGCCGACUGCUGGUCCGGGCGCCACCGCUGCGGCCGCCUUUGGCCUCGAGAAUGUCGAAUGAAGCAGAGAACUGCCAUGGCGACAACCAAGAGGGUCACUACUAGAGUUGCCGGGGAACACAACUUGGCCAUCUUAGCUAGCUGGUUAGUUGUGGAACGAAAGAAUGGAACUUAAUUAAUAGGGUUAUAGGUAUAAUAUGCCCCUCUACUAUGUCAUUUUAUCAAACAUGCCCCUGUACUUUGAAAAAAUUAUCAAACAUGCACUUAUGUUAAAAAUUUUAUCCAAAAACCGUUAACUAUGGCCAAACUUAUGUUGUGGAACGAAAGAAUGGAACUUAAUUAAUAGGGUUAUAGGUA